CCUUUUGUCUCUUAUGUAAAACAAAACACCCUUUUGUCUCUUAUGUAAAACAAAACACCCAACUCCCUUUUCUCUCUCACAUAAAACACCCAACACCCUUUUCUCUCUCACACAAGAACCAAAACACCCAACUCCCUUUUCUCUCUCACACAAGAACCAAAACACCCAAGACCCUUUUCUCUCUUCCAUCUCCCAUCAAGAACAAAAAACACCCACUUCUCUUUUUCAAAUGGAAUAAUUUCUCUCUCUUCAAAAACACGCAUUUCUCUCUCUUCAAAAACGAAAACACUCACGUCCCUUCUCUUUCUACAAUAAAAGCAUCUCUACAAAAGCACCCACCUUCUUCCUCUACAAAAAAACCUACCUUCUUUCUCUACAAAAACGCCCACAAGAGCUCACGUCCAUUCUCUUUCUACAACAAAAGCAUCUAACUUCACAUCCAUUCUAUUUCUAUACCUCCAAAACACCCACAGAAACACCUCACGUCCAUUCUCUUUUCAUCCAGAAAAAAUCUGGAGACCGAUACAAAUUAAGAUGGCAACCUUCCGGCGCUCGCUGCUUGGUGUCCAAACAACAAAAGAAAAUUCAGUUGGAAGAAACCUAGAGCAGAACGGGAAGAAGAAGGACGUGGAUACCCCGUCACUGACCCGGGAUACAGUGAAAGCAAUCAGAAUUCAUAGGUUUGGAGGCCCUGAGGUUCUUAGAUGGGAAGAUGUUCCCGUUCCUGAACCAAAAGAACAUGAAUUGAAGAUUAGAGUCCACGCAGUGAGCUUAACUCCUUACGACAUCAGUGUAAGGAAGGGAGAAGGAGCGGUGCGUGGCCUUCCCUUAACACCAGGAUGGGAUGCCGUGGGGGAGGUUGUUGCAGUCGGACCUGGAGUAACAACACCGAAGGUGGGGGAGAUGGUAGCACACAUUGGAGACCCACAAUCUGAAAUAGGCACUUAUGCAGAGGAGUUUAUUCUGCCAGCUAGCAGUGCCAUUCCCAUUCCAAAAGAGUUGUCAUGUUAUACUGCGGGCUACAUAGCAUCUGUUUUAAGGCCUGGUUUGACAACCAUAGCCUUGGUUAAACACCAUUUUAGGCAGAAUGACCCAAAUUUCUGGGUCCUGGUUCAUACAGUGAACAAUGAUAUUGCAGAGAAGCUUUGUUCCUAUUUAAGGUACUCGAAGGCAAACGUAAUUGCAACUAUGGAGGGCACACUGGAACAGGAUGAGAUACCCCAACUUCUGGAUUCUCAAGGGGUUCAUGUCAUUGGAUUAAACAAUCUUGAAGAACAGGUUAAUCACAUUACCAAGAAUAAUGGUGUGGAUGUAGUUUAUCUUUCUCUUGGGGAUGAUUCUACUUUUAAGGAGACUGAAAAGUGCUUGAAAAGAACAGGUCACAUAGUAUAUUACAUACACACCUAUAUGGAUCCAAGGCCAGCUCCCACAUUUUCAGGUGAAAUUAUAGCACACAAAUCAAUCUCCCUAAGCAUACCAAAGUUGGACGACUUAAUUACAAGUAGGGAGAACCUCCUGGACUCUGUGAAAGUGGUUUCUGAAAUGGUUGGGCGCCUGGUGCUGUUCCCUAAUCUUAAAUGUGAUUUCUAUGAAAUGGAAUACGCAGCAGAUGCUCACAGUUCAUGGGAAAGUGGAUGUCAAGCUACUCCAAUUGUCUUGUAUCUAAAGGGCACAGAACACAUCAAUCCGGCAGCGUGUACUGAGUGUACAACACAUAAUCAAGUGUAUUUACUGCAACCAGGAGGACCGGCUGUUACACUGUUGAGUGAAGGGGCAGAGGCAGCGGCAGCGGCAGCGGUGUAAGGGGCAGUUCGCAAUAAAUAGAUUUUGAACUU